AUGUCUCAAGGAAGCACCUCGUCUUGCCACUAUCCCCAAGAGGAGAAGCUUCCCAAGCUAGAAUCCUUCGGCCAGAACGCUCAUGACCAGGCAUCUAUGCAGUCCUGUUGGACCGAGCCGGCCAUUUCGGGUUCCAUGUCGCUAGGGAUCCCGCUGGCCAGGCAAAUGACCAAUCUGAGCCUCCUGCUGUGUCCUUGCUCUGGGCUUGGCUGGGAUCAAUCCGAGGGCUACUGCCCUCUUCCCGAGGCAUCACCGACCGUUUAUGACACGAACCAGCCGUAUGGCGCGGAGAAGCAACCAUACAUGGACAUACCCCCACAGCCAGGGCAAGACGGGCUUCCCUUUCUAGAACCUGAGAAGUACAGCCCCUUGCAAUGCGAAGAGGCAGCUCACGGCCUGCCGCUGUCCGGAUACCCCGAGCAAGAGCACGUACAGCUGGCUUCCCCACCAGACAGCGCCAAGGAUGUUCUGUUCCCGCAAGAUCGACCUUCUCUGGCGCAUUAUCCCGAUGACUACUUGACUGCGGACUUGCAUCCCUCCAACGGCAUGGGAUUCACCCCUAGCUACAUGCAGAAUGACGACCAGUCGCCCAUGAAUCAGGCCUCCGACUAUCCUGUCACACUCGGUCCCCAUUCUGCGUCACUCCAGAGCAUGGCCAGAUGUCCAGACGUGUCUCAAUUUGGCAUGAUGGCAGUUGGAGGUGUGGCCGAUCAAGCCCCCUUGGGAAAUUGGAGCGAGCCAUCCGUUUCUCUUCAGCCAUCAAACUUCGACAUUCUACUCCCAGACCAACGAGGAGGUAAAAGAGGCCCCUUUAGAGACCCAAAGCUGCGCCAGCAGACGGCGCAGACCAGGCGGACAGGGUCGUGCAUCAGGUGCAGGAUGCAACGCAUUCGUUGCGAAUCUGAUCCGGAGGAUCCCGGAGGGAUAUGUCUGACGUGUACAAACGUGGCCAACACAAAGGCAGGGCGCUUUCCCUGCCUGAGGUAUAAAAUCACAGAUAUGAAGCUGUACAAGCCCGGCCAAGUCCCCGGGUACGAAUGGACCCGUCGAUGGACGAACAGCAUCACGGACCCUAUUCAGAAAUGGGCGUCUUCCGAGGUCAAGAUUGUCCGCGUCUCGGCUGGUUUCUCGAGGCGAUGCAUAGAACUGCAAGUUCGAAGGUUUAUACCCCAGGAAGGCGACAAACUUGUACGGACCUGGGAUGUCCAGGGAAUGAAGAAGUCGGUGGCAAUCCCUCCCUACGCGCUGAUCGAUUUGGAGGCAACAAAGUCGACGUACUCUAGCCACAUUCAAGACAUCAUGACGGACACCAUUCAGCACGUCUUGGACUGUCCCGACAGUCUUUUGUGCAGGACAUACUUCCGCGCUGUGGAACUAAUGCGCGAUCCAUCGACGCCGGCGGACUCGAUGAAGCUUCUUGGUCUGACGCUCACACUGUGGGUUUCCAUUCGGCUCUCCACCACGUCGGGCUUUCUCGUUGGAGACGAGAGCUUGGGCAUGCCCAACAAUAUCCUGGACGAGACUAGCCCCGACGCUGGCAAGAUCCCCAUGCCUCCUGUUCUGGGCGCGCAGCUAGACCUCGUGCUCAUCCACCACAUCCAGACGAAGCUCCGGAGGGAGAUGCUGGAGAUUCUGCAGAAGAUGAUCCUCAAGAAUAAGCAGAUGACUUGGUUUGUGACAUACCUGGUGACCCUGAUACUACUUCACAACACGGCCCUCAUCACGGGCCACGACGCGGGGUAUGCACGCAAGCACGGCAUGAAGCGCCGAUUUGCACGCGAGGACAAGGUCAGAGAGUAUCACCUUGGGGCAAACAUCCUGCUGGCCCAUUUCCAUUACUGCAACAAGGGCAUGUACCCAUUUUCGGACGAGUGCAAGGACAAGGAGUUGCGAGCACUGGCGGAUUUGAGCGAUGACGAGCUCGAAUUCGUUCACGCCACGAGGGAGCAUGUCAAGCGGCGUCGACGGGAGUGGGAGCAACUUCGGGCACGCGGCGCAUACGAGGAUGAUUUCUUUUUCGUCAGCCAGCUGUUUGAGGACAAUUGGAAGCCACAAUCGACGAUAUAA